AUGACAAUGCGCUCAGCCUAUCAUCGGCUAAGGCGGGACAUUGCUGCGUCCGGUGAUAGGCUGAAGGCUCUGAGAUGUCACAACACCAGGAAGCAGCAAGAGCAGCGGAGAACAGUGACACCGGUUCCUUAGCAACGGGGGAACAGAGGACUAAGGAAAAAAUACCUCAAAAAUAUAUAUACCAUGAUUGAUGAAUAUGGGUAUCAGUACUACUACUUCUACUACCCCUAUUACUACUACUACUACUACGACUAUGAAAACCUGAAUGACACUUAUGUUGGAAAUUAUUCCUAUGUGAUUAACUUACCAGAUACCCAAUUAUUGAACACCAUAUCAACAUUGUCAACAGCUUUAUACAGUGUUGCAUUUUUUUUUGGAGUUAUAGGGAACAGUAUAGUCAUCUGGAUAGCUGCAUGCAAAAUGAAGAACAUCAGUUCUGUGUGGUUCCUCAACUUGGCAGCCGUGGACUUUAUAUGCUGUGCAUCUCUUCCGCUCCGAAUUAUAGAAAGUAACCUGGAUUAUGCUGAUAGCUUUACGCAUGAUCUUUGUAGAAUUGGGAGCAGCAUCUUAAGUUUAACUAUGAGUACUAGUGUCAACUUUUUGACAGUCAUGAGCAUUGAUCGCUUUGUCUCAACAAUGUGGCCAUUUUGGUCAAAAAUUUAUAGAACCCGCAGAACUGUCCGCGUCAUAUCUUUUUUCGUUUGGAUCCUGAGUCUGUUUUUGAAUAGCCCUUAUAUCUUACUUAACAAUUUGUAUCAAGAUGUCUCUGAUUGUUACUUUAAAGAUGGUUCUGCAAACAAAACAUACAGAUUCAACAUGUACAUCUCUAAGUUUGUCAUUUCGUUUGCUGCACCUUUCCUCAUUAUUCUGUUCUGCUACGGAGGUGUGCUUUUCCAAGUCAAAAAUGUCAAAAAAAAUAAGAAAAGCUUUCGCCCCUACAGGAUUGUGACUGCGGUAAUAGUGUCUUUCUUUAUCACAGGAUUUCCAUAUCAUAGUUGGCGACUAAUUCCAGUGCUAAAAGGAAAACUGAGGAACACCGAUUUCAUCUUAUAUAGUGUAUUUAACUGUAUGGCGUAUUUUAAUAGUUGUACUAAUCCCAUUCUUUAUGUCAUCAUAGGGGAACAUUUUAAAAUUAGUUUUAUGUCAACAUUUCUAGAAACUACAAGAAUUUUUAUUGGAAGAUUUAAGAGGCCAUGUGGUGAAAAAACAUAGAUCAACAUGGUUUAAAGGGGUA